AUGAAAUUCAAAACCCUGGAUAUGGAGAACAAAAAUAAUGGAGCAGGAUACCAGCUGGAGGAUGUGUACAUUAUUUCAGCUGUACGUACUCCGAUAGGUGGUUAUCGUAAGAUGUUGAAGAGGUGUUCACCGGUAUAUUUAGGAGUUGUCGCGGCAAAAGAAGCAAUCCGAAGAGCUGGAAUAUCUCCUAGUGAAAUCGAUGAAACAAUGGUCGGUUGUGUGCUUACUUCAUGCCACGGUCAAAAUAUCGCUCGACAGAUUUCAAUUAAUGCUGGUAUUCCGGUGACGUCGCCAAGCGUGACUAUCAACAAGGUGUGUUCAUCGAGUAUGAAGGCAAUUAUUAUGGCUACUCAAGCAAUUCAUCUGGGUGAUCGUAAUGUUAUCCUGGCGGCAGGUGCUGAAAGUAUGAGUAAUGCUUAUUACGGGGUGCCUCGCGGUGACAACAACAACGACAUGAGCGGUCCCUUUGUAGAUAGUAUGUUUGAAGAUGGUUUAAAUGAUGCUUUUACAAAAUUAAGGAUGGGUGCUUGCGCUGAAAAGACCUGCUCUGAAUAUUCAAUAAAUCGAAAAGAGCAGGAUGAGUAUGCACUGGAAAGCUAUCGGCGUGCUCAUCAUGCCUGGAAGGAAGGUUUAUUUGAUGAAGAAGUUGUACCAGUAAAGUUUCUUGAUUCAAAUGAAGUGUUUCAAGAUGAAGAAUAUAAAAGACUGGAUCCUUUGAAGGUGCCUUGCCUGAAACCUGCUUUUAUACCAGAUACAGGAACCAUAACUGCAGCAAAUGCUAGCGCUAUUAGUGAUGGAGCAGCUGCACUAUUGAUUGCAAGCAGUAGUUUCAUAGCUCACCGAAGUUGUCAACCAAUAGCCCAGAUAUUAGGUUACGCAGAAGCUGCAGUUGAACCUGUGGAAUUCACUCGUGCACCAUCUUUUGCUGUAAAAAAGUUACUUUCGAAAAUUGGAAUAUCGGUGGAAGAAGUUUCAUUAUGGGAAGUGAAUGAAGCAUUUGCUGCGACUGCCAUUGUUUUCUUGCGUGAUAUGAAUUUGGAUAGCAGCCGCGUUAACGUACGUGGUGGAGCUGUUUCACUCGGCCACCCGAUUGGAGCAUCUGGAGCACGAAUAGUUGUAACACUUUUGCAUGCUCUUCAAGUCAAUCAGAUUGGUAUCGCAACGAUAUGUAAUGGUGGAGGUGAGUCGACUGCUGUGGCAAUAAAACGGCUAUAA